UAAUGUUGAUCGAAUAUAAAAGCGUAUCUCUAAUCUUUUUAUUUUUUGUUACGUUUAAGUAAAUUAAUAGAAUCUUAAAAUUUUUAUGCUUAAAUAUAUUAAUGACUCAUGUGGUGCUUAUAAAUAUUUUCAUAUCUCGUUUAUGUAGCAAUCAUAUUACAUCUAUCAUUCUCUCUCUAUCCAGUCAUCCAAUCAUAAUUAAUAUAUGUAUGUACAUCAUCAGUUAUCCAACUGUAAAAAAAAACCCGGUACGCAUUAAUUCCGAUAAAAGAAAUUUAUAUGAAAAGAUUAAGAUACAUAAAAUUGUGAAUUUUCAUUAAGUGUAUGAUGCAAAAAUUAAAAUUUAUUGUCUUAUUUAUAUUGUUGACAUUUAACGUAUGACAUAAAUUAAGCUUAAAUCUAAUGUUAUAAAAACAAAAAAAAAAGUGUACAGAAAAGGGGAGAGAGAGAGAGAGGGAGAGAGAAAUAGAGCAAAGAUCAUAACUAAGUAAACAAAAAUGAAAUUUUCAACUUCUCCUCCUACAAGUCGUUGUACAUCUCCAAUUUUAGUAGAUGUAGGAUCAACGUUACCAACGCCUGUUACAUAUAGGCAUAAUUGUAUCAGUGCUGCAACAAAAUGUUAUAAAUACUUGAGGAAGUUAUUAAAAUUUGAGCAAAUGGAUUUUGAGUUUGCAUUAUGGCAAAUGAUCUUUUUAUUCACAGCACCACAAAAAGUUUAUAGAAAUUUUCAAAGUAGAAAACAAACAAAAUCACAAUUUGCAAGAGAUGAUCCAGCAUUUUUAGUAUUAUUAACAUGUUGGCUUUGUAUUUCUGCAGUUGGUAUUGCCGUAGUUUUGGGAUUAGGAUUUUUCCAAUUUAUAAGACUUUUACUUUAUAUGAUUUUUGUUGAUUACAUUGUUGUUGGUUUAGUAGUAGCCACUAUUUUUUGGUUUAUAACUAAUCGAUAUUUAAGAAUUGAUAAAAGUCAAGAUGUCGAAUGGGGAUAUGCAUUUGACAUUCAUUUGAAUGCUUUUUUUCCACCUUUAAUAAUACUUCACAUUCUACAACUUUUUAUAUAUAACGGCCUCAUAAAUACAAAUGUCUUUGGUGGACGAUUUGUUGGGAAUACACUUUGGUUUAUAUCUGUUGCAUAUUACAUAUACAUCACGUUUUUGGGCUAUACAAGUGUUGAAAUACUUCAUAAGACACACAUCAUUUUUUCUGCUCUACCAAUAAUGCUGUUGAUAUAUAUAAUUACAUUAUGUUCUGGAAUCAAUAUCAGUCGUUUGAUUAUGGAUUUUUAUCACUAUAGAGUUAAUUAAAUAUAUUAUGUAUGUAUAUAUAU